UCUUCGAAAAACUCGUCUGUCAAGAAUUCGCGUAUAUCAAGGCGAGACCUGACAACCCACGGAGAUACUGGUUUGGUAGAAAUAUUAAGUGCGAUGGCCACAGAAAUCAGCUGAUCAGCUAAGCAAAUCACAAGUUACUUGUGGGCGAAAAAAUUCCCUUCGUCCUUUCAAAUCUUAAGUUGAAGGUUGUUCUUUCACACAGUGAAUAACCUUUUGAACUGAUCAGUCAAGUUUAGAAUCUAAACUUUAGAUACGUUCUCGUGGGAUGGUGGAUGGGAUCGAGGUUGCCUCUGAAUGGAAUCUUACGGAACAUGUAACGAUUGUUCACUGAAUGUUAUUUCACAAAUUAAAGAGUUCAACAGGAAUUUUCUCUGAAGAUUAAAAAGCAAUUGACAAGUGGACACGGUUGCUGUCGACUGUCACCUCUGCACGAACACAAUACUGGCUUAAGUACAGGUUCCUUCUCUGGAGGAGCGGGAAAGUUUCACGUUGCAUUGGCAGACCUGGAGUAAAUGGCGUCUUUCAUAAAAGCGAGGCCCGGUGUUUGAAUUAAUCGAAUAUGGUUAUAUUUUCGAAUGUGCUCAAUUAUUGCGCGUUAUAUUGUUAUUUAUCUUUGUCCGAGUAACUGACAAAGGUGCACCUCAACGGAUAAUUGAAGUAUAACAAUUUGUGCUGUUAAAUCUAUCCUAUUGGUGACAACAAGUAACAUUCGUCCUUUAAUCAUGAGUUUCAACCAAACCCCAGUGGAUCUCUCUUCCCCCAAAGCAGGAGCUGGCUUUCAGUUGGGUGGUGGAGAUGCUCCAAAGCAAGCUGCUCCCUCCUUUGGCUUAGGUGCAGGUGCAGCUAAACCAACCUUUGGUACCCCUUCAGCGACUAGCGGCUUUGGAGGUGGGUUUAGCUUCGGAGGUGCAGCUGCUCCAGCGUCAACCGCCUUCAGUCUACCUGCUGCAGCAAGUACGCCGUCUUCAGGAUUUUCCUUUGGCACCUCAGCAGCUCCUGUUGGAGCAGCCCCUGCAGCUGCUCCUAGUUUUGGAGUUGCUGCAACCUCCCAGGCUCCAUCCUUUGGAACUGCUGCCACCUCUCAAGCUCCAUCCUUUGGUGCUGCCCCCACUGCUACUUCCCAGGCUCCAUCAUUUGGAUUAGGAUCUACUACAUCCUUAGGAUUCUCACUUGGCUCCACUCCUACUGCAGCUGUCUCUGCAGCAGCACCUACAGCUGGCACUGGAUUUACCCUCGGUAGCACUGCAACUUCAGCAGCUCCAAGCGCAUUUUCUCUGGGUGGCAAUGCAGCUCCUGCUGCAGCUCCCACAGCAUCAGCAGCUCCAGCUGCAGCAACAGCAGGCUUCUCAUUACCAGUGGCAUCAUCGGCCCCUUCUGGCGUCAGUGGCUUUGGCUUUGGGACUCCAUCAUCAACACCAGCUUCAACCGGAUUAACACUUGGUUCUGUAGCCACUACCCCUGCUUCAGCUGGGUUUUCAUUGGGUAGCACUGCACCUUCAACGUCCACAACUGGGGUUGGACUGCUAGGAGCAACCACUGCAGCAGCAACAGCGACACCACCUGCUUCAUCGACUACAUCAGCUGUCUCCUUCAAUUUCCCUGCGUCAUCAGCUACAACAACACCCAGUUUUGGUGCUACAUCUGCUGCACCGUCUCUUACAUUUAAUUUGGGUGGAGCACCAGCAAGCACUGCAACAACCGCUGGAACUACUACUAACACCACACAGCCCUCUCAAAGUGGACCAAUAACUUCCCUUAAUUUUGUCCAACUUGAAGAAACUAUUAAUAAGUGGACAAUGGACUUAGAGGAGCAAGAAAAGCUAUUUAUGCUUCAAGCAACGCAGGUUAAUGCAUGGGAUCGCCUCCUUACUUCCAAUGGUGAAAAGAUUGAGGGUUUGAACAGAGCUGUGGAAGCAGUUAAAAUGGAACAGCAAAGAUUAGACAACGAAUUGGAGUUUAUUUGCUCACAACAAAGAGAAUUAGAGGACUGUUUAGUCCCUCUUGAAAAAGAAUUAGCAGGCAAUGCUGUUACUGACCCUGAGCGUGAGCAUACAUAUGAAUUGUCUGCUAAUAUGGAUACACAACUAAAACAAAUGUCUGAAGACUUGAAAGAAAUAAUAGAGAAUUUGAAUGAAAGAAAUCGUGCUCAGGACUCUACUGAUCCGCUUGUUCAGAUUGGACGAAUUUUGAAUUCCCAUAUGGACUCUCUGCAGUGGAUUGAACACAACACACACACUAUUCAAACCCAUCUUGAUCAAGUUUCGAAGCUUCAUGAGUCACACCGACGAGAUAAUGAAAUAUCUUUCCAUCUCACAUAUGAUUAAAAUGUUCCUCCCGUGUCUAAUUAAAUGGCUAACUAUAGGAUGAAGUAAACUUUUAAAAAAUAAAUUAUGUGCAUACUUGUA